GGGACAUUUCUAUUGCUGCUUCCGUGCAGCUCAAUGCGGAAGACAAACAGGGAUCAUUCCUAAUAAACUCCGAAACAGGACCGGAAGAAAGUUCCCAAGGAGUUUGAUUGAGACCCGAAGUGUUUGACUUGUCAGGUCAAAAAUCAAAGAAAUGUGGCCAAAUCAAGGUCCCCCCCCUCCAGUGGGCCCACCAAACCCGGCCUACCCUCCUGGCCACAACCCCCAAUAUCCUGUGGCACCUACAUCAGGAUUCUUCCCCCAACCUGGGCAAUACCCAGCUGGGCAAUACCCUGCUGGCCAAUAUCCUGCUGGCCAAUAUCCUGCUGGCCAAUAUCCAGCUGGCAUGAACCCAGCCAUGGUACCACAAGUGCCCCCAGGGGGCAUGCCUUAUGGUGCUCAGGGGCCCAAUCCUUAUCCUAUGGCUCCAGGUGGAUAUCCACUCGUUCCUCCUGCAGGUGCUCACCCAGGUCCUUACCCGCACUCGCCAAAAGGAGGUCACCAUAAAGGCCACAAAGGCCAUAAAGGCCACAAAGAUCAUCAUCAUGGAGGGUUGAAUCCCAUGGGCGGAGCAUGCGCCGGAGGGGUGGCUGGAAUGGGAAUGGGAAUGGGGUUGGCUGGACAUAAAGGCCACAAAAAGAUGAAGAAGAUGAAGAAGGCGCAUAAGGGGCACAAACAUGGCAAGUCCUCCAGCAGCAGCAGUAGCAGCAGCAGCAGCAGUGACUAAGGCUGAGGCCAAAAGGCUUUUUCAGAAAUGUCGCAGUGCAACCUUACUAUUAAAAAUAACCACACUAAAGUCUUACUUGUCACUUUAAACAGGACUUACAAAUAUAGAAUUGAAAUAAAAUAAAGGUAGAAAAAAGUGCACACAUGAGCUGUUGCUGUUAACAUUUUCACAGUAUUUGCUGUGUUUACAUUCCAUCGUGGUGUUUGUGGUGUUUCGGUAACAAGUUUCACUACAAGUACAUUAGUGUACAAACAUUAUUAAGUCAUUAUUAACAAGAGAAAAUAUAACAGUGUGAUUUAUUAAAAGAAAAUAUGUAUCUUUUUUUCUUAAAACAAUGGAUAUUUAUACGGAUAUUGAGUGUGUUUAUUUGGGCUAUUGUUAAGCACAUUUUUGUUCACUGCUACACGUAACUACAGGAUGCAUUAUUUUGCCGGGCUUUGUUUCAGCAUUAAUUGUUAAAAUAAAUAAAAAGUCUUCAUUUAAA